UCAUUUACAUCGUGUGAUAUUUGUGAAAAAAAUGAUUUGUCGAUCUACACUUGAGAUUUAAUAUAUCACCUGUUCACUGUUAUUUAAAUACAAUUUUGCUUUAACUGAAGUGAUUCAGUUAUUGUCUCCUCGGCAUGUCAGCGAUAUAUUGUCUAUUGGCCAUUUUAUUGGCUUCUAACGUCCAGGGCAAGAGAUGGGACUUUUAUCCUGAGACUGUAAAUGAACAAUCAUGGGUAAAGGAAAAAAUGCUGUUGGCUAUCGACGGUCUCAAAGAUUACGCUGUAAAUGUUGAAAUCGCCAAAAUGGUCAAGUUAACUUCAAAAGCAAGAAACGAACUUAACCUCACGCCUGCCAACAAAUGCAGUCACAAAGCCCACCAACAACUUGAAAUGGCUAGUAACUCCUCUAUCGGCGAUUUCAUCCACUGCACAGAAAUGCCGAAUAUUCUUUCAAAUUCGAAACAGCUUGUCUCGGACGUCGUCGGCCUCGUGGAACUCUACCUGCACGACGUGAGGGAGAUCCUGGACGGCGCGGACGGCUGUACGCCGAUGUUUUCAGAAGACGGUCUCAAAUGCUUCAACGCCUACUUGUGGAAGGUUGUGGAUUUGUUCGAACAGUUGGCUGCCCAAACAGAUGAAACCGUUUUGACUGUGGAGCACCUCGUGAGUGUCAUCGCUGAUGAGAUUCUCACCUGUAAACGUUCUUUCACAACCCUUCAAUCUUACGUGCAAAUGAUAUUGUAUGAACAUAAUAAAUGUGCCAAUUCUGAAUAAAUUUCACUGAGCUUUAUA